AUGGAAGAACCAGAGACAACCAUGGUUGAAGUGAGAGAAGAGCUCAUGGUUUCACCAACUGGCCAAAACCAAAACCCUUGUACAAGAACAGCCCAUUUUCUCAAACCCAUUUUCAGUUCCCUUGAAAACCCACUUCCCAAGCUUCCUUCUCAAUGUCUUUCUUCUCUGGAGCAACCUUCUUUUGAACCCAAAAACCUGCCUUUGAGAAUCAGUUUUCAUGGGUGGAGAUGCAGGGCAAAUAGUUGGUCUACAUGGAUUGAGAAGAUGGCUGCUUUACAUGAAUCAACUUGGAAGAAAGCUGGUAUCUAUGAAGCCAUCAUGAAUUCAACUUACCAGAUCAAGAGAAACAAUGAUUUGGUUCUUGGUUUAGCUGAGAAAUGGUGUUGUGAGACCAAAAGUUUCAUCUUUUCAUGGGGUGAAGUUAGUGUUACACUUGAAGAUGUCAUGAUUCUAGGGGGUUUCUCUGUUCUGGGUUCCCCUGUGUUUACCCCAAUCGAAACUGAAGAAUUGAAGGAAGCAGAAGAGAGUUUAAAGAGCGCAAGAAUUGAAAUUGUCAGAAGCAAAGCUAAAAAGGCUUGUCCUCGUUUGUGGAUGCAGAAAUUCAUGGACACUGGCAGUGAAUUUGAGCAUGAAGCAUUCCUUGCCUUUUGGCUUUCAAGGUAUGUUUUUACCAAUGCACAUGAAACAAUUAGGGAACAUGUUUUCUCUAUUGCAGUUCACUUAGCUAGAGGGACAAGACUUGCGUUAGCACCUGCUGUACUUGCUAGUAUUUAUAGAGAUUUGUGUUGGUUGAAAGAUGCAAUUACUGCUUCAACUAAAUUGGGGAAAGAAGAGGUUUCUACGCUUACCAUUUGGUCACCAUUUCAAUUAGUUCAGGUUUGGGCUUGGGAGAGAUUUGUAGAGCUAAGACCAAAACCAAAUUUGAUUGAAAAGGGUCAGCCAAGGCUGUUUCAAUGGCAUGAUGUUAGCUGCAAGGUUGAGAAUGUCAGGUUAGCUCUCGAGUCAGCUUCUGGAAGUUUUGAAUGGCGUCCUUAUGCUCUGCAGAUUGAUAACUGGAAACAACCUAAGUUUUAUAGAGAGAAUGAAGUUUGUAUAUCGAUCACUGCACGUCUUGACAAAGAAUUAGAGUCCUUUGCUCGAUGCUUGAAGGCCAGUGAGCUAGUGGGACUUGACUGUGUAGAGCAGUACCUUCCACAUCGAGUUGCAAUGCAAUUUGGAAUAGAUCAGGAUAUUCCAGGUUUUGUUCCUCAAUCAAAUGAGACUCCUGAAAUUGCCUGGCUCAAUUACUGUGAAUCACUUACUGCUGUGAAAUUAUACAUUCCAUCUCGUCUCUAUAAAGCUGGUGUUUCUGCUCGAUACUUGCAGUGGUGGAACCAGUCAGUGUUGGAGAGCAAAGACACAGCUAAGGAUUUGAAGAAAUCAGCAAAGAAGCCUAAAGGAAAGAAACAAGGGAAAAGUUCCUCUGGUUGCCGUGGCUUUCAUCAGAAAAUAGAGAGUUUCCAUGGAAAGAUAGACGCUAAUGAUCCAUCUGUUUCUCCUAAUUGGUCUAUGAAGAGCUCAAAGAAACCAGGAGAUAUUGUCAACAGGACUAAUAAUGUUAGCGGUUCCCUCUCUUGUUUUCCUCUUAAGAAAUCAAAGAGUGUAUCCCAGAUUUUGGAAGAAAAGCAGCUGGGCAACGACGGUUCUAUUUCUUCUGGUUAUUGUAGAAGGAACUCAAAGAAAUCAGCCAAGAAUCUGAAAGGAAACAAGAAAGCCAAGGAAGAAUCUUCUUCUCCCGCUGUUCCUUUAGGAAGCUCAAAAGAAUCAGCUCAGACUUUGAAAAGAAAGUAUAAAGAUGACAACGAAUCUGCUUUUCCUGGUUUCAGUAAAAAACGUUUGAAAAAUCAGCACAGAAUUCUAAAGGAAUGA